CUGGAAGAACUCAUCUCCAAUACACAGCCUAAGACCAGAGCUGCCAAGAUCCUUCUGCAUGAUCCAGGUGUGCAGCAGCUAAGAUCCAGAGACACUGAUCUUGCCUGGCCAACAGGGGAAGGCUGCCUGCCUGUAUCAGGAUUGGACGGGCCCCGUGAAGGCAGUGACGUGGCCGGCUCCUCCACCCCACUCUGCCAAUGGACCGCUGGAGAGGGGAGAGAGCUACCCACGCUACAGGCCUAGUCGGUCUCUGAGAGCAACUGUCCCCAGGGGACCUGACUGUGGAUAUCUGUGACUUCUGGUGUGGCCUUCGGGAUCUCUCCAUCUCCAUCACGGGGCUGAUGCCACCACCACAUGGCCCUUGGAAUGGGAGUCACUAUAAAGUUUCCUUGGAGUUGCGAGGCCAUGGAGGCAUGGAACCUGACGGAGACAUGGUACCAAAGCCUGCACUCGGUGCUGAAGGCCCUGAACCAAACACUUCAUGGUGCCAUCCAGUGCCAGGCAGAGCAGGCCAUGGGGCAGACAAAUAGCAGUCAAGCUAAGCUGGCCAGCAAGGAUGACUAUUCCUACAUGUACAUCUUGUUUGUGAUGAUCCUGUUUGCCGCCACAGUGGGGAGUUUGAUUCUGGGGUACACCAAGUCCAGGAAGGUGGACAAGCGGAGCGACCCCUACCAUGUGUACAUUAAGAAUAGAGUGUCUGUGAUUUGAGCAGGACAGGGACACUGUUGCAAGGACGUGCACAGCUACCGGCACCUGCUUUUCCUGGCCUAAUCCAACUCUUCUUGGAGGGGCCAGCACAUGGCUCUGUCCUGCUAAGAGACAGCCACAAGGACAAAGGCAGAGGACACUAGCAGGCCAGAAUAGUCAUGUGACAGCUCUGGACACUCGCCAACAGGUCAAUCUCGGAUCACUUUGCACCAGUUUCUAAGUUGCCAUCUCCUUGUCCUCCAAAGGACAGGGGAUUGGCCGAUGGAAGGGCUUACAUGUGUCCCAGAAUCCUUUGCUCCAGUGCAAGGGAGCAUGGGAUGCAUGUGGGCGCUGCAAGUUCUGUUACUGUGAUGUUGGAACAUCAUAUGAAAUUGCAGAUAAAUGGAUAUGGAGAUCAAGGGGUGUGGUGCCCACAGCUCAGCAGUGCUCGUGCUCCUGACUAUGGCGGAGCAUGGCACAGUUAGGGGACUGGGUGGGAGCACAAGGCAAGGGCACUUCUUCCACCCCCUAGAGUCCAGAUCAUUGGUGCUGUGACCUAGCACCAGUGUGUGGAGGUGCCUCUUUCACUACAACAGAGAAUGAAUGAUGGGGAGAUGAGCCAAUCAGAUUGUUUGAUUUGUCCCUCUGCGUCUGUUAGCCUCUCUCUAGGCAUGUGUGGCCGGGAGCCUAAUGAUGCUCUGAGCGGGGAUGCCUCCCAAUCUUAGAGAAGCUAGAGAGCAGCUCCCACUAAUCUCUGCCCCCAGGACCAAGCAGGUGUAUAUCACACAGAGAGCCAAGCAGCAUUCCCUAACCACGGUAAACCGUUCUGCAUUUUAAUAAAUCUACGGCCACAUAGCAUACGGUGUAGCUGAAAGAGACUUGUUAGCAAUAUAGGGUCUGUGACCUUUCUGGUCCUUAAAAAUACAUUUAUCUAUGAAAUGGGUUUUCUUCAAAAAAAUAUGAAUUGAAUUAAAUAAAGUGACAAUGAAAGGGAUGGUUAUAAGACAAACGGGUGUUUGUUUCUGUUUCAAGUGGUUAUAAUUAUCCAGCCACUGACAUUAGAGCCCAGUAGAAUCCAUAGAAAUGUGGGGCUGGAAGGGACCUCAAGGGGUCAUCUAGUCCAGCCCCUUGUGCUGAAGCAGGGCAAAAGCUUCAGCUGCUGCACUGGUGACUGGGAGAGGUAUUCCCUGCAAGGUGUGUACUUGUACGGGUGCUCAGGAGAGAUUCGAGUUCCUCCCAGCUAAUUAGCAGAAUGCCCACAGCUAGGUGUUUGUUUCUACUGGUGGUGCACAUUCACACAUGGCUUAGUGCACAUAAACAUUUAUUCUGCACAUGGAUGGAAAAGAUUAGAGCAAGGAUGGGCAAGAAGUGACUAGUGGGCCAGAUCCAGCCCACAGCACCUUGCCGGCACUCUUACUAAACAGCAGCAGCAGCCACUUUAAACAGCAAGCUGAUAUUUGCUAAGCAGUCUGGGCAGGGAGAAGAAAGCUUUGUGUGGUGCCCCUGCCUCCAGCAAAAUCCCUCAGCUCCCACUGGCCAGUUUCUGGCCAACUGGAGCUGAGAAAUGUUGCUGAAGGACAGGUCAGUAAAUGAAGCCUCCUCACUCCCAGUCUCUCCCCGUGCUGGAGCAGAGCCUGCCCAGCACACAAGCAUAGGGCCUGUGUCAGGUUCCUGCAGAGCUGCUGACUGGAAGCCACCUCGGUAAGCGCCUCCCAGUCAGAGCCUGCC